AUGGAAGAGGCUUUGGACGUUCAUUCGCCCGUCGUAUUCGACGAGUCCGUCACGCAUUACGAGAUUCACGCGCAUCAACCCUACACUUCGUCGGGCUUCGCCAACAGCGACGAGAUUCGCAUAUCCAUCCAACAUCAGGACCUCUGCGUCCUACCAGCCCGAAGCUCGCUGCACAUCUGCGGUAGACUCAGCAAAGCCGAUGGAAAUGCUGUAACGGCCACACAAUUGGUGAACAACGCCAUCUUGCAUCUGUUCGAGGAAAUUCGUUACGAGAUCAAUGCCAUCGAGAUCGACCGAAGCAAAAAUGUGGGUUUGUCCAGUCUCAUGAAGGGAUACGCCUCCUUCAGUCCCAGUCAGACGGCCAUGCUUGAAAACUCCGGCUGGCUCGACGUUGCGGAGGCUCAACAGCUGGACAACGCCGGAGGAUACUUCGACGUAUGCAUCCCACUCGCCAUGAUCCUAGGUUUCGCCGAGGAUUAUCGCAAGAUCGUCAUCAACGCGAAGCAUGAGCUCAUUCUCACGCGAUCAAGGCACGACAUAAAUGCGAUUCUUCAAACGGCCAUCGAGAACGGCGCCUUCGAGAAUUACAAGAUCGAAAUCACGAGAAUUAAGUGGUUGAUGCCUUACGUGAUGCUGUCGGACAAGCGCAAAAUUCAGCUGCUCAGUCGCAUUGACAAGGACAUAGUCAUGAGUUUUCGCAUCUGGGAAUUGUUCGAAUAUCCCGCGCUCCCGAGCACGACCAAACACGUUUGGACGGUGAAGACGUCGAAUCAGCUGGAGAAACCGCGUUUCGUCAUUCUCGCCUUCCAGACGAAUCGAAAAGCCACUCGAACGGCGAACGCUAGCCGCUUCGAUCACUGCGGCAUUACCAACGUCAAACUGUUCCUCAACUCGCAGUGCUACCCUUACGGCAAUCUCAAUCUCGACGUGCAACGCAACCAGUACGCGCAAUUGUACGAGAUGUACGCCAACUUCCAGAGCGCGUACUACAACGAGAAGGAUGCCGAACGCCUGCUGACGAAGGGUGACUUCAUCGCACAUGCGCCAAUCAUCGUGAUCGACUGUUCAAAACAGAACGAUACCCUCAAACUGGCUCCGGUCGACGUCCGUAUCGAACUCGAGGCCGAUUCGAAUUUUCCCGCGGGAACCACUGCCUAUUGCCUCAUCUUGCACGAUCGCAUCGUAGACUACAAUCCCAUAAGUGCGACGUUAGGAAACGUCUGUAGUGGGGAUGACUGA